GAACAGACACGUCAUGAGUCAAGCCUUUUAUGUCACUUUCCAGUUCUAGGCUACAGGGAGAGAGAGAGGGGCAGAAGGCAAACCCCACCUAACUAGAUUCAAUGAAUGGCAUCACUUGGGGAAUGUUUAGGUCACAACUGUAUUAUUUUGUUAUUGACAUCUCUCCAUACAUCCAACCUCACUGACCUGGAGGAGCCAUAUCAGCAUUUCUCUCCUCUUCGACUUGGACCUCUCUCUUCUCCCCCUCUUCCUUAUCUUCUUUGAUUUCUGCGCUUUUCUUCUUUAACAUCUCCCUUCUCCUCCUUUUUGACAAUCACAUUGAGUUCCAGUUUUUGACCGCAGUCCUCCAGCUUCACUGACACCGUCUCUGGACCAGGCUGUGAGCUUCUCUGGACUGGAACGCCACAGCCAGAACCCGGUUCAGACAUGGUGGGCUAGAGGUGGGUCAGUAGAACCAGAGGCGGUAUAAAUGGCGUGUGUGAGUCCUGUUCCCUGGUGGUCAGUCCUGCUGGGCUGGUGGUGAAGUAUGGAGCCCCUGCUUCGGCCAACUGCACCUCCGAUACGGUCACCUCUAUGGGCUGGGAGCCGAGCCUAGGAGAAUCUCCGCUCUUUGGCACUGAGGUGAAAGAGCUGACUUGGAGAGUAGACAGCCUGACUGACUGGAAUAUAACGCCUCAAUGCUUUGAGAUCUCUGAGGUGGGAGGCCAGUGUGCCAGAGUGCUGAAAGUUACUGUUUACAAGCUUCCAGACAGAGUCUCCAUCAGAUAUGUAAACCACUCUGGUCCCGUGGUUGAGGGGCAUCAGUACUCUCUGCAUUGUCUUGUCCAGAACACCGCUCCUAUUGAGCACCUCAGAGUGACCUUCUUCAAAGUCUCUACCAAUGGUGAACGGACAGUGUUAUACACACAACCACUGAACAACGACAUUCAACAAUUGAACAAUGACAUGAGGCAACCGGUGAACGAGAGCUAUUCCCUGCAGUUCUCCCCUACUAGUGUUGAUGACGGGGCCCAGUGGUUUUGUUCAGCCAUGUUGGAUCUGGGACCAGAGGGACCCCGACCUCCUGCUGUAAUGGAAUCAGACCGCCUCAACACCACUGUGCACUUCGCUCCUGAGUUCUCCUGUUCUGCCAAGCUAGAGGUGCGAGCGGGGGAGGGGCUAACUUGUGAGGUCAGAGGCAAUCCCCUCCCAUCGGUCACCUGGCUGAGAGACGGACAGAUACUGACCCCGCCCACACACCUGAGCAGAGAGGAUGCUGGGAAUUACACCCUCAUGGCUUUGAACCGUAUCGGAAGAGCCAAUCACACAGUGGAGGUGGAGGUCCUACAUGACCGUGCUGCUAGAGGAGCUUCCUGUCAGGCUGCUGGGAGUGCCACGGUGGCUGUGCUGCUCCACCAGCUCAUUCAUUGGCUAUAUUGAAUGAUUAUUUUAUUGAUUGAACGGUUGAGUUAUUCAUUGACCAAUCAGGACACCGAUCUCUGUGCUGGAGCUUUGUGAUUUGACAGUGAUCUGUGAGGGCAGUCUUCAAUAGAUCUGGAAUCAGAGUUAGUAGAAAACCCUUUUUGCCUAAAUGUGAAAUGAGCUGUUUUGAAAUGUGUUAUUUUGAAGUAGUGCUAUUGAACAGGUCUGUAAUUAAGCAAUAAGGCCCGAGGGGGUGUGGUAUAUGGCCAAUAUACCACGGCUAUGGGCUGUUCUUAUGCACGACACAACGGUAUAAAUGUUUAUUUCAAAUCCUAACCUUAAAUGUUUAUUACUAAUAAACUAUAUAAAUGUUUCGGCCUAAUCCUAACCCUAACCUUAAUCCUAACCCUAAUCCUAACCUAAUCCUAACCCUAAUCCUAACCCUAAUCAUAACCCAGUCUCUAGCAACAGAUCUACCAUAAUCCUAACCCUAAUCCUAACCCAGUCUCUAGCAACAGAUCUACCAUAAUCCUAACCCUAAUCCUAACCCUAAUCCUAAUCCAGUCUCUAGCAACAGAUCUACCAUAAUCCUAACCCUAAUCCUAAUCCUAACCCAGUCUCUAGCAACAGAUCUACCAUAAUCCUAACCCUAAUCCUAACCCUAAUCCUAACCCAGUCUCUAGCAACAGAUCUGCCAUAAUACUUAUUGAAUGUGUUUGUUGUCUAUGUCUUUUGUGACGAAUAAAAGUUGACCCAUAAACUGUCA